GACGGACCCGCGGGUCACGCGCAGCCCGCCAACAGCAGCGCGCCUGCCCGCACCUCAGUGCAGGCGAGCGAGCUGCGGUCGCGACUGCACCUCCACCUGGACCAGGCCAUUCAGAACGCGGAGGAGCGGCAACAACAGCAACAACAACAACAACAGAGCAACGCGGGGAGUCAGCAGCAACAGCAGCCACCGCAGCAACAACAACAACAACAGCCAUCGCCGCCGCCUCAACCGCAGUCCCAGCAGCAGCAGCAGUUGCCAACUGCCCCGUCUCCCUCAGCGCCCAGCAGCGCGCAUGCCGCGUCCCCCGGCCAGCAGCCCGCGGGAACCACCCUUCCCACCACCCCCAUCUUGCAGAGCUUCAGUCCGGCCGCUGGUGGCACCUCCGUCACCAACUACAUCGUGUGCCCCACCGGAGCCAUGGGCCUCCCCAUGGAGAUGCUGCUCAACCGGGGGCAGUUCAUGCUGCCCCCCAUGGGCCUGACGCAGCCGCUGAUGGGGCAGCCGAUGAUGUAUUUGCAGCUGCCGCCGGGGGUGCAGCUGCAGGGGGGAGUGCAGCUGCCGGCGGGGGUGCAGUUGCCGCCGG